UCAUGCAAUAAGUACAGAAGAAUAGAAUCACUAAAGAAAUAUAAGAUUUCGAAUAGAGAUAAAAGAAAGUAUAUGAUAUUCUCAUUUUCAAAAGAGUGAAGAUAAUGGAAUUUCUAUCUUAGUUGUUGAUAACAAUAUCACACAUUGGAAAGGAUUCAUUAAUGGAUCACCAGAUACUCCCUAUGAAGGUGGCUAUUUCUAAAUUGAUAUUGUACUAACAGCUGAUUAUCCUUACAAACCACCCAAAAUGAAGUUUGAUACACGUAUCUGGCAUCCAAAUAUUUCAUCGUAUUUUAAACCUAUAUUAAGAUAAACUGGUGCUAUAUGUCUUGAUAUUUUGAAAGAUGAAUGGUCACCUGCCUUAUCAAUUCGAACAGCCUUAUUGUCAUUACAAGCCCUAUUAUGUGAUCCAUAACCAGGUAUAUAUUAUAGUAUUAUAAAUAGAUUCUCCAUAAGAUGCUGUUGUAGCCAAUCAAUAUAAAUCAAAUAGAGAAUUAUUUGUAAAAACAGCAAAGUAUUUAUUAUUUGCAUUAAGUAAGAGAAUGGACUUUAAAUUAUGCAUCAAAAAAUAAACAAAAUGAAAAAAUUGCCAAUCUCGUUUUAUUAGGUUUAGAUGAAUAGAAAGUUAAAGUAAUUAACUAUUCAAAUUUCAUAGGAAGCAUUACUAAGAUUCGGAUAUGAUGAAGAACAAGCUGCUAAUUUCUUAUUAGGUGGAUGAA